AUAUGGACUGGUUUAGAAGACGAAAUUUCCAGCUUUACUCCAGUUUAGAAAAGAACGCGUCGAUAGAAUUGACAGAGCAGAGUGCUGAAAAAACUGUAGUUGGGGAAACUGAGUGUGACUCUAUCCAAGAAACCCGGGAUUUCGCCCCUGGAAACGCAACGUCAUACGGAAGCUUGAAGAAGGAGGCAGAAUUCAAGGAAUCGAAACUAACAACAUGGCAGGCAUCCUGGAAUAUCACGAACAUGAUACAGGGGACGAACAUUUUGAAUGCGCCCUUCGUGCUGUUAGUCGGAGGAAUACCCGGUAUUCUCCUCACGGUCCUCGUGGGGUACAUCAGCAUUCACACGUGCUUCUUACUCAUCAACUGUCAGUAUGAUGAGGAUGAGGAGGGUGGGAAGGCGAAGAAGAGGCCGACACUGCACGAUAUUGCCGUCCACAACCUUGGAAAGAAGGCCGGGGUGGUCUUUAUAGACCUUCUUCAACUGUUGCUGAUGUUUGGGAACUGCGUUUACCAGCUCCUGACGUGUGGUCACAUGAUAAAUGCGCUGUUUCCGGAAAACCCUUUGGGUUUCAAUGGAAUUAUUUUCGUCUUCUCCAUACCCCUGUUUCCCUUUGCAUUCGUGAAGUCCAUUAUUUUAGUGAGCCAUUUUAGCUGCGUGAGUGUAAUUGUAACUUCUCUCGCGCACUUUGGAAUAGUUGUUUACAUGUUCUCGAAACUGAACCAAUGGCUGCCCAAUGAAUUCCCUAUCACUACUGAUAUCUACCCAUUCUCGGUGUCUUUAGGAAUGAUUGUGUUCGGAUUUGAUACUCAACUUUACGUUAACGCUUUAGAUAAUAAAAUGAAAGAAGGAUCCAACAUAAAGAAAAUGAUCGUAUGGACACACUUGAUAGCUGUGUUCGUAAAGAUAUUUUUCGGCAUUGUCGGUGUUUUCACGUUUGGACAUCUAACUCGAGAAACCAUCACUAAUAGCAUCGACAUAGAGCCUUUGAAAUACUUUUUCAAUGUGUUUUACCCUUUGAAAUUCUUCCUGGUUUUCCAGUUUCCCUAUUUUGCAAUAAUCGAUCUCAUCCAAGAAAAACUAUUCCAAGGCGUGAAUCAGCCUUGUUUUCCAUCUUGCGUGGAUCAGAAGAAUGCGUUGAAGUGGUGGGCCCUGCUUCUGCGCAUGUCACUGAUCUGUCUGUCUGUAGCGGUGUGUGUUGUGUUUCCGGAUGUCGCCGUAAUGUCAGGCUACACCGGAUGUACGGUCGGAGCCUUCGUCAUGUUUCUAAUGCCUGUAUAUUUUCAUCUGAAUAUGUUCUGGAGGAAGAUGAAGUGGUACCGGCUACUACACGAUUUUUUGGUGCUACUUGUCGGGGUGUUUGUCGUUUUCUUUGGUGUAUUUAGUUUUGUGCAAAGGGAAAUAAUCACGGGCACUUAAAAAAUAAAGAAAUCAUUAUUUGAUUUAACAACUAUCAUGACGUUCACUUAUUCAACUUUGAAAGUUUGUCUAUAAAUUGGCAUUAGACAGUAAGCAAAUGUGAUGAUAUUGAUGUUGACGGUUCUAAAAUACAAAAAUUGUGCAAACUUUUUCCAUAGUAUUAUACAAAAAAGUUGGGAUUAGAAAAGGUGAAUUGAAUUGUUUUAAAGAUUAUUUUUGUUUUUCAUUUUAAACUGAGUACUGCUAUUCAACCUAUAUCUGCUUUAUAUGGAAUGGAUUAAACAAAGAAGAAUAUAUGAUGUCGAUUGUCAGAUACUCUCUCUAUAUGACCCAGCGUCUGUCACGAAAUGGGAUUUUGUGAAAAAGACACCCUCUCCAAAUUUUAACGAGGUUAUGGAAGACUCGUGGUGGAUUUAUGGAUGUAAUCGAAAGAAAUUAUUUUAA